UCAAACAAGCGCGGGAACACCGUUUGACGCAUUGCAGGUAGACGCCGACCAAUAGCAGCACGCCGUGCCAUCAGUGUACGUUGUACACAACGCGCCGACAUUGCCAGGUCUUCGCAAACGUUUUUCUGCAGCUAUCCGACAAAUUUCUCUAGAAACCGAUUUCCUGAUCCUUUUAAUACGACGGGUGAAAUUGUGCGCCUAUCAUAGCGUUAUAGAGGCAGUAGAAUGAAAAUUUUGUAGAUACAAAGGCAAAGAUAUCCUCAUUGACACAGUUCAUCUAGGAAAGUGGAACCACUGCAAAUCUGAAUAUCGAGUUACUUUCGCCUUUAACACUGGAAAUGUUGACCUGUAGAGGAGUUUGAGAAUUCACGCCGGAAAAUUUUCACAAACCUGUGCAUAUUUGGACAAAAAUUUGUUUUUAUGAAAAGCUUGCGGGGAAGUGUAAAAGCUAAAGAAAAAGCUGAUAAAACGUGCCAUUUUGUAGGUUAAUGUAGCGUAGGAAUAUUUACUGGUUUAUGUCGUUAGCCGCACUAUUGCGCUUUGGCGGUGAUGGUUUCGCAGCAGCACUCUUCCCCCACUCCUUCCCUCUAGUUCCUAAACAAAACGAGAAGACAGUUGGCUGGUGCACUUUGACGCGAAACGUUCUGUGGGAUUUCGUCGUGUCCACUGAUCUUGGUGAAUAGUGUACCGCUUAAUCUUCAAAUAUCACAAUGGCCGACCAACUGACGGAGGAACAAAUUGCCGAAUUCAAAGAAGCAUUCUCGUUGUUCGAUAAAGACGGAGAUGGCACAAUCACCACCAAAGAAUUAGGCACUGUUAUGAGAUCUCUAGGUCAGAACCCUACCGAGGCUGAAUUGCAGGAUAUGAUCAAUGAAGUAGACGCUGAUGGUAAUGGAACGAUUGACUUUCCCGAAUUCCUGACGAUGAUGGCGCGCAAGAUGAAAGACACGGACAGCGAGGAGGAGAUCCGCGAAGCGUUCCGCGUAUUCGACAAAGACGGCAACGGUUUCAUCAGCGCGGCCGAGCUGCGUCACGUUAUGACCAAUUUAGGUGAGAAGCUGACAGACGAAGAGGUCGACGAGAUGAUCAGGGAGGCGGACAUCGACGGGGAUGGACAGGUCAAUUACGAAGAUUUCCGAGCUCUAUCGCUCAUAGUUUUCAAUCGGUACCACCCGACGCACGCUUCUUCGAGCUGAGUUUGUCACCAUGAUGACUUCAAAGUGAAGGAUCCAGCCACACUUUGCAUUUCAGCUUUUCCAUUUAUAUCCAUCCCGGCUAAUUCUGAUGAUCUACAACAUUUUUCAAAACACCUUGAACAUUUUACUUGCUUAUAGGCUGCCGGGGCCGUUAUUUAUAUAAAAAGUGGAUAACUUAAUAGUUGAUUUACAAGACAACUUUUAAUUGAUAAUUAUUAAUAAAAGCAUAUUUAUAAAUUGUGUAAAUUUUUGUAAUAUAUUCUAUUCUGUUAUUUUUUUUGUCCGUGGGUAGCGCGGAUCCGAGAAGGGCUGUUUAACAGUCGAACUGUAUUUUUCUCUGUGCGCUACAAGUUAAGUAGUUAAUUCACAAAGUAUGAAAAUGCGUACUUAUUAUUAUAGAAAUUCUAUUGGGUGUUGAAAUCUGUCCGUUUUGCUUUUGGAUCUCAAAAACAAACAAAAAAUAGACAAUCCAACUUAUAACAGCUUCAAGCUACAAACAUCUAAAUAAAAGAUUACUCUGAUCUCUUAUCAAAGUAAAUAAUUCUGCCCUCGGUUAUCAACAUGUUUGUGAUUCAGAAUAUGUUCAAACUGAUGAAUAAUGAAUUGAAAAAUAAUUGCAAAAAAUAGUUGAAAAAUGGAUUCACCUGCAGACGAUCGAAGAAACCUGCAAGCACAAGAAUCUAGACAAAUAAAAUGCUUGAGCAAGUAUAUAAAACAACAGUCACAGGACUUUAGAAAUUAAAAAAAAAUGUUUAAAGGUAUAUUAACUAGAUCCGUAGUUAAAAAAAGCCCUGCUUUUGAAAUCUAAAGGGUAGUACAUUUGGCUGCAUAGUCUCAAUGAAGUUAUGUUAUCUUCUCGUAUCCGAAGGUAAGGAAGUGUUCGUAGUGUUGAAAAAUUGAUUCUAAAAGGAAAAUGGACAGAAAAAAAUAGUACAAUGGGGGAUACAGAGUAUAUAGUCACAGUUCUCGCCCAUGGAGAGAAAGAGGAGAGAGAUUUUGAUUUUUUCAUACUUUGUGAUCUAAAAAAAUCUGUGCACUUACUACUAGAAUGUAUCCCCUUUGUUUGGUUAUAUGAAUAUCGUAAUUUUCCCUAUCCUUAUGUUCUGUUCCGACUUUUACUAUUAAUGUAAUGUAGGUUUUACAAUUUUUAGUCUAGUAUUUUUGACAUGUUUAAGAUAUUUAAGGAGUUAUGUAUUUUGCAGACUCUUCUGUGGUAUAUAGCCGUUUUAGUUUUCUCGUUCUUAGCCCAUUAUGGAAUCCAGGCACAUUUCACAAGGACUUGCAUUAUUCUCAUAGCAUUAUCGAAAAACUUAAUUUAUUUUCCUGUUGAUAUUCUCACAAAAUAUGUUAAUCUGAGUUCAAGCAUCUUACAGCAUUCCAGUCAUUCGAUUCUACUCCAGAGAUCUGGAAUAAGUCUGUUCGUCGAACGAUAUUUGAAUUUUUCUAAACUACCAGUGUCUUUUUAUAUAUAUACUUGUACAGAUGUCAAGUUACACGUACAGUGCUGACGAAAGUCGUUUUCCCUCAGAUUUCCAUGCGUACGAGAGAAAGAGAAGCGUGUUAGAAAGAAUACGCCAUAUAAGCGUCAUCAACAAGUAGCCUGGCAAUGACAGUGAGGGAGCAACGCCAGUUACAGCUGCUCUCCACGCCCUCCCCCAAUUUCGUUGCCGCGCAACGUGGUGGCGAUACCCGUAUGGUGCACACUUUCUAAUGCACUUCCCACUCUCUCUCUCUUGUACACAUGGACAUCUAAAAGGAGAACAUCUUUGGCCAGCACGGUAUACAAGCAGAACUUUCAAAAAUGGUUUUAAAUCUCAAACACCUGUCAUAUAGCCGACAGAAAUGUUUAUAGCAUAAUUAAACUUGAGAAAGUCUUUGUGAAAUGUGUUUUCUUUAAUUAGAGUGGAAAAAGGAAGUAUAAGGAGUUAUCUUGUAUUCAGGACCUUGUUUCAGUUCGACGAACAUAUUAAUUUGUUUAUCUGUUGUCAGUAACGCAAAAACGGUUAAAAUGUGAAUUAUUAGAUGUUUAAAUUUGAAAAAUAAAUGUGACUAAAAAUUAACUUUUUUUAUCUAGUGAUUCACGGUUCCCAGUACUUCACGAUUUAUUCUUAUGAAACAUUUUUUAUGUUAUUUUUUUCUUUAUUUAAAAUAAACAUUUGAAAACUGUACA